GGAGGCUGGGGCCAGACUCCUGGCGAAUAGCAGCGCGCAGUCCGCCCGGAUUGGAGCAGCCUCAUCACGCUGACCUCUGCCUGGGAUGUAAACCCCACGGGCCGCCACGGGCACGGGAGAGCUCUCGGCACCUCCGGGAAAGCCACCUCGGCCUCCCCCGCGCCCGGGCUCCAGUCGCGGCCGGCCCAGCCUCGACCUCAGCAGCGACUAGCUGCGCCUGCGAGGAGCUGAGCGAGCCCGGUCGCGGGCGGGGAGCGUGCGUCGGUUCGCACAGGCUGCGAGAGGAGGGGCGGCGCGAGUCAUGGCCGGGGACAGCGAGCAGACCCUGCAGAACCACCAGCAGCCCAACGGCGGCGAGCCCUUCCUGAUCGGCGUGAGCGGGGGCACGGCCAGCGGGAAGUCCUCCGUUUGUGCUAAGAUCGUCCAGCUUCUGGGGCAGAAUGAAGUGGAUUACCACCAGAAGCAGGUGGUCAUCCUGAGCCAGGAUAGCUUCUACCGAGUCCUCACCUCAGAGCAAAAGGCCAAAGCCCUCAAGGGCCAAUUCAACUUCGAUCACCCGGAUGCCUUUGACAACGAACUCAUCUUCAAAACACUCAAAGAAAUCACCGAAGGAAAAACAGUCCAGAUCCCUGUGUAUGACUUUGUCUCCCACUCACGGAAAGAGGAGACGGUCACCAUCUACCCCGCAGAUGUGGUGCUCUUCGAAGGGAUCCUAGCCUUCUAUUCCCAGGAGGUCCGAGACCUGUUCCAGAUGAAGCUUUUUGUGGACACAGAUGCGGACACCCGUCUGUCUCGCAGAGUUUUGAGGGACAUCAGUGAAAGAGGGAGGGACCUUGAGCAGAUUUUGUCGCAGUACAUUACGUUCGUGAAGCCCGCCUUUGAGGAAUUCUGCUUGCCAACAAAGAAAUAUGCUGAUGUGAUCAUUCCUAGAGGUGCAGACAAUCUCGUGGCCAUCAACCUCAUCGUGCAGCACAUCCAGGACAUCCUCAACGGAGGGCUCUCCAAGCGGCAGACGAACGGCUAUCUCAACGGCCACACCCCGUCCCGCAAGAGACAGGCGUCAGAGUCCAGCAGCCGGCCACAUUGACCCCCGCGCCCUGACUCCAAACCCCAGCCCCCAGCUCCAAGACACAGGAGGGGUCGAGAGGCUCUGGUCACCUGUACAUAUCGCCUCCUCAGAAAUUACUGUAUUUAAGAAAACACCACGGAGAUGAAAUGCCUUGAUCUUCCUUUCUGCCUUUUUGUACUUUGGAACAGCAAAUCUUGACGGAACUUGACCCUGAGCUUAAGUGACAAACUGUGCCAACUAGUACUGGUGAUGCUUAAUUAUGAAUCCAACGUGUAACCAGUUAUAAAUACACACAUACAUACGUAUAUAUAAAAAGAAAGGAUCUAUUUUUGUGUAACUGUACAAAUACUGUAAAGCUGUUUGCCAUAAGUAUCCUAUAGGAACCUGUGCAUGGGCAUUGGGCCUGGAGCCCCGCCCAGCAGAAUUCUGUGCUCUGGCAGCCGGGGAGCCAUGGGAGCUGGGUGGGUGGGUGGGUGGUCGAUGUCCCUGGAUCUCAGCACCCUGGGCCUCAGUGGGGAUGGGACUCAGCCCUCAAGGGCUCCCCUUUCAGAUGCCACCUUCUUGAAACUGGAGCUGAGGGAGAUACUUCUUGUCUGUCUUUCUUUUCUUUGUUUUUGUUUUGUUUGGAGUUGAAAUUAAGUGUGAUCUCAACUCAACUCAAUCUCAGGGAAGAGGCCCACUGAGGAAGAUCAAUCUGUCUGUGUUCCUUCUCUCCUUGCUCUGGCUGCCUGGGUACCUCCAUGACUCCUUCCUGUGCUGUCUGUUCCCAGGAAGCCAGAGCUGUCUCCAAUUUCCAGGUGGGGAUUUUAUAGGGUCUCAUCCUGUACAAAAAGAGAGAAGGGGGCGGGGUAGGACUCUUGUCCCCUGGAGAGUUUGAGGAAAGCUGUCCCCCCGGGGAAGCAGCCGCUAAGUUGCCUGGACACGUAUUUGGAUAAGGACUGGCUCAGCUUUGGUUAACGACAUCUGGUAUUGACCACCGACAGUUAGUUGUUGGAGGUUGCCCCAGGAGUCCCAUCCAUGGAGCUGGCAAUAGCUUUGGUCCCUCCUGAACUGGGACUGUACCGGGAGGUGGCAGCCGAUGUCUCCCACCCGAGAGUCUCUUGAGCAGCAACCUCAGGAUUUCCUGAACUACACCGACACCAUCUUAAGGUGUUUGCCUAGCAGGAAGGGGCGGGGAGAAGUUGUUUCUUAGAAGAUAUUAAGGGAGGGUAGUGAAAUCAAUGGUAUCCAAGCUGGGACUUUCAGAUGGAAAGAUGCCCAAGGUAGAGAGAUUUUCCGCUUCUUCUGAGCACUUCCUCUUGGUGGGAGCUCCUGUCUAGAGGAAGUGGACGUUGACUUGCUGAGAAGACAGCCAGAGAGGGAAUGGGGCCACGCAAGAAGGGACAGGUGUGCGGUCUGUGCCUGGCUGCAGAAGGACCGUGGGUUGUCAUGUCGGUGGUCACAUCCUGUGUGCUUUGGGGGCCACAUGCUUAGUUAACCUCAACCUAGGGGAGAGCCUCAUGUCUGGGUGGCCCACUGAGCCCACCCAGGCUCUUUCUCAGUUUACUUCACAACCACACCGAGGUUCCCUCGACCAGUCUAAUUCCCCAAUUAGGAUUCAAAUUUGCUUUCAAUUCCGUUUUUUUUUUUUUUUUUUUUUUUCUAUUUAAAUGUCAUUAACCCAGUCCUCAGCAGAGCUUUGCCACUUUCCUGAGGCAGUACGAGGCCAGGGUGCAGGCUCUGCAGGGGAAGGCGCACUCACCAAGGCAGAUCCAUCUCGAGUAUUUGGGGAGCAGUCUUUAUCACAUCAACUUCGUGCAAUUCUGCGAUUAAAAACAGUAGGUGAGGACCUGGCCUCAGAUCCCAAGAACAAGGACCUCGGGCUUACUGGUGUUGCAUGUGCUCAUGGGAAACCUCUUCCUGUGUACUAGAGCCUUGGCCGCUCUGUGGGCAGCACGCUCAACUUUACUUGAAGCUUCCAGGUGCCAAACCACUUAGUGCCUUGGUUGUCUAGCCCACUGCCGUGGAAAAUGGAUUCUUCUCAUCUCUGAGCCUUUACUUUUAGCUGCCCCCUCAUCUGCCUAUGGUGUUGGGACCAAGCCUCUGAGCAGCCCGCUUCUCGCUUGGACACGAGCUGUAGGACCACUCUACCCCUACCUCCUUGGGAAGUGGUUCUUACCAGUUCUGGAUCGGCUAGAAGCAGUACAGGGAAGGGAUGGAAGCUGUACCGUUCUCAGGCCGCCCAGCUCUUGGCCAGUUGUGUGCAUUUGAACUUUCUACAGGAAACACUGUGGUCUGAGUCUUGAGGUUUUGGCUUUGCCGUUCCAUUGGAGAGUCGGAGGUCUAAACGGAUCUGGAAACCAUGGUGUCUGUCAUCCGGGGACUUUUAGCUGUGAAUAGAGAGGAAGCAGAGCUGGGCAGGUCUGCACAACCUUGGUCACAGGUGCACAAAUCCUUCCGCUGCAGAGCCACCCAGUGGUGCUUGCUUACCCCACCUGCUCACGUGUGUCUUUGGCCUGAGUGUUCAGGAAACAAAUAAGUUCUGAGCCUUGUGUCACAGGAAGGUCCAGCCUCACACACACCUCACCAUGGUAAUGCAACCCCCCUCCCCCAACACUUCUCUUUGGGUAACCCAGAUCUGAUCUGGCAUAGGUAGAGUAGGCCCUGGUUCAGGCCUUGGGGAGAAGGGAGUGGCCAAGUCACCAGUCUCAGAACUAAUAAGGGCGGUGGCUACUCAGAGAUCAUGGGAGAAGUUGGCUCCAGCUUACUUUAUCCAGGGUGAGAGCCUUUUGGGAGGCCACUGGGUCAGUGUGCCCCUGAGUAGCCAAAAGUGGAGACUUAAUCAACCUUGACCUCCAAGCCCCACAGUUGUAGAGGAAUGCAGUCUCUUGCAGGGAAAUGUUUUUCCCUGCCCUUGGAACCUGUGUACAUGUCCAAGAGUCUCCAAAGAAUGGGCUGAUUUUCCUGAGGCUAGCGUCAGUCCUGGGUACACGCAGGCCCGUGCUUUCUGGGAAGGACCAGCUGGCCUGCUCCGUCUCCUUUGCAGUUUAUACUUUCCUCCAGGCAAUUGCUGUAUGCUUUGUGUCAGAACAAGGAAGAGGGCAGGUUGGGAAAGGCACCAUUGGAUGCAUCUGGUGUACACAAGUCCCCUUUUCAGAUUCUGGCUCCGGACCCGCUCUGUUCUCUCGGUGCCAGGCACAGGUGACGUGUUUCAGCGGCUUCCUGUUUCUCUCAGGCAGUGAGUUCCCACCCAGGCCUGCCUUGGGAGCAAGGUCGAGUGACUGGAGACCUAGGCUAUUCCUUCCCUACAAGAUGCUGCCUCUUCCCGUCUUUGCUUUUUACUGCCCUGCUUUUUUUUUUUGUUCGUGCUAUGAAAUGACCACACCCUAUGUACUUGGCUGUGAAUAAAAACAAAUAAAAACAAUGAAUUCAACUCUUAA